UGAAAAGGGGUUUCAUUCAUGCUUUGGCUGUGAGCUCUCCGUCAGCAGUGUACCAGUUUUACUUUGUUAAUGUGGGACUAAAGAGGGGAUUCUGCGUCCAUGGAGCUGCGAGCUGUUCUCCUCUGUGCUGUUGUGGCUGGAGUAUUAGGAAAGAACCCAGAGAAUUUAGGAGAGGGUGGUCCAUGCACGUCAGAAUGCCCACGUACUGGUCAACUGGCAUUUCAAACAGGAUACCAAUAUACUUACAGCUAUUCUACUGUCACCAGCUCAUUUUUACAAGGAAGUUCUUCUGAACGUAGCAAUAUUUCCCUGGAAUGUAUGGUUCAAAUACACAGUAUAGGAAACUGUCAAAUGCUUUUAAAGUUAGAGAAUGUGCACUUGAAGGCGUCAGUGAGUUCAAGCCCAAAUUCCAUGAAAGAGUUUCACGAUUUAAGGGACAUUCUUCAAAAACACCCUCUUCAGUUUUCGUUCCAUGGUGGGAAAAUUCAAAAAAUAUGUCCAACAAAACAAGAACCUACAUGGGCGCUUAAUGCAAAACGCGGGAUACUGAGCGUGUUUCAAGGCACCUUAAAGACGUCAUCUAUGGGCAGAACUGUUGACGAGGUGGAUAUUUCAGGAAGGUGUCCUACAAAAUAUGAAAUCAGAGGAGAUUCUAUAUGGAAGAAAAAAGAAUUGAAUAAAUGUGCAAACAGAAUGUUGGUUUCUUCUUUUCUGCGAUCAGUACCUAUCCCAGAUAAAACUCAAAUCCUGAAUUCUGAACUGGAAUGCAUACAGACUUAUAAGGAGGACAUACUGGCAGAGGCAACGUGCAAUGAAUCUCACCUCGUCACACUAUUUUCGAGAGAAGGGAAUGGUGCGAAGACACACACUCAAACUGCCGUCAGAUUUUUGAAAAAAGAAGUCAAGUCCAAUAACAAAGAAAUGACAGGCGAUAUCUACGUCACAAGCCUCAUGUUUGAGAAAGAAAACAGCUCGGCGCACAUGAAAAGAGAAGAAGACGUGUCUGAAACUAUCAGAAAUCUCUGCAUGGCUCUAAACAUGAACAGCGAGACUGCAGACCAUUUCAUGAAUCUGGUGUUUGAGUUGAGACUUCUUUCUGCAGAUGCACUUCUGAGACUUUGGCAAAGGUCUUCCUUCAAGUGCAGAGAUAACUGGCAACCGUUACUAGAUGCCCUUCCAUCAUGUGGAACAGAGGCUUGCGUGAAUUUAAUGAAAGAGAUUUUGCUUUCCAAGGAGCUGGAAGAUGAGCAAACUGAGGCUUUCCUGUGGUCGCUUGCCUUCAUUCCUGAGCCAACAGCUGGGAUGCUCGGUUCUCUCACUGUAAGAAAUGUUGUUAUUAUACCCUGCAAUGUGUCAUAUACAUAA